AUGCUCCCCAAUCCUCCUCUUUGCCUCCUCAUGCAGAUGCGGCCCUUGUUUUCCACCGCGGCCUCGGCCGUCGCCGGCCCCGUCGACUUCUCAGAGCUGCCCGGGCUGCCGCGUCUGCGCUACCAGAUCCUCGAGUACAAGGCCAAGCUGUCGCUGAUCGUGUUCCUGCUCGUGCUCGAGUCCAGCCUGCUGCCCAUCUCGCUGUACUACGGCCUCGUGCUGGGCACGACGCUGCGCCGCGGCAUCGUCUUCGCCAUCAUCACGUCCUUCUUCGGCAUCGUCACCGGCAUCGAGUUCUCCCUGCGCUCCUACAAGCUCGUCUUCAAGGGCGACGCCUACCGCCCCGUCGGCGGCACCCGCUGGUCGUUCGACUACACCCACUGGACCCUGACGCUCGGCUACGCCGUCAUGACCGCCAUCCUGAUCGGCGCCUCGAUCCCGCACGACCCGCUCGUGCGCCCGCUGGCCAUGCCCGUGCCGCUGUUCUUCAUCCAGGUCGGCCUGCAGCUGGCGUGGAGCGGCUGGAUGGACCGGACCGGCCGGUUAGCGCCGUUUCGCAUCAGCUCGGUCGCCAAGGGCGGCAGGGUGCGCCCGAUGGUGUUCACGCUGAUCGAGGACGUCGUGGCCGUGGACGGCGGGGGCGGGCGCGAGUACCGGUAUGCGUUGUUGGCCCGCUACGACGCCAGUCGGCGCUUCCGGGCGAUGAUCGAGCAGCAAAAUUGGUUUUGGGCGGUUGGCGCCCUGAUCGAUGGGGUCGGCACCAUGGUCGUCAUCUGGACCGUGCCGGAAACAGUCGCAUACGGUGUUGUCCUGCCGCUCACCAAGAUGGCGCCCACCCUUGCCACGCUCCCCCCGGAGCUGCUCAUGGAAAUCGCCGAAUGCGAGCCCCUCGACCUGGCCAGCUUGUCCGCGCUCAUCCGCGUCGAGAGGUACUUCUACCAUUUGCUGUGGCCGGUGCUGUACAGGCGCAGCCCCAAGAGCUUCUUCCACUGCAUCCGAACCGGUUCUGUGGCGGGCGUGUCCAAGUUCAUUGCUGCCGGCGCGGACGUCAACGCCAAGAUCGACUUGUACCCCGACAUCCAAGAUUUCUUCGGACCGACGACGCCGUUGAUGACUGCCGCGGUGAGGAACCGCGGUGAGGUCGUCGAUCUGCUGCUGCGCGCGGGUGCGGACAUUGCUCUAAGCACCCCCGUCUUCCUUAGCCGCACCAUCCUGGCCGACAACAUUCACCCGUGUGCUAGUAUCGCGGAGCACAACGCCUUCACCGUGGCGCUCGCGCUCGGCUACGACGGUGUCGCUCUUCAGCUGGCCAAGGCGAUGGCCGACCCCGACUCGGUCGUCGCCGCGACAAUCGCGGACAAAUGGACGGCCCUCGAACUAGCGGUCUUGUGCCUGCGUCCCAAGAUCGUUCGCCAGCUCCUCGCAUCCGGGGCACGGCCCAAUCGACAGCGCCCGCGCGGCGAGGGCGCGCCUCUGCACAUUCUCAUGGCGAACUACAGCUCGAACGAGCGGGUUGGUUGGGCCCCCAACGGCGCGGCCGCGUUUACGAGCGUUGUCAUGGCGCUGCUCGAGUACGGUGCGGACCCCUUCAUCAAACGACAGUGCUGGGCCCACAAGGAUGACCCGGACUCGGAGGAGUGCCGCAAGCACUGCGUCGUCGUCCCUUGCACCGCUGGCGCCUGCUCGCCGUACCCCCAGGUGCGGAAGCACUUCCGGGAUCUCGCGCACCGGCAGCUCUGCCCCAAGUUGGCCUGCAAGGCCAGCCGGCACCAGUACGCGGUCAGGAGUGAGGAUAUUCCGGGGCAUUGUGACGUGGGGCCGGAUGAAGUAAUUGAUAUGGCGAAGGUGGAGGCAGUGACGGGGCUGGAUCAAGCGGAUGGAACAAGGGGAACGGCGCAGUGUAUGUUUUGA